CCCCCGCGAGCGCGGGGCGGGGCCAGGUCGGCGCCCAGGCUCAGAGCCGGGCCGCGAAGUUGAGCGAAAAGUUUGAGGCCGGAGGGAGGGAGGGAGGCCAGGCGUCAGCGCCAGCCGGGCUCUCCCGUUGUCCCGCAGACGCGGGGCAGAGCCUGGGAAGAGUUGCAUCCCAGGGAACGGCGAUGGCGCCUCCCCAGCAAACCGGACCGACUGGGUAGGGCGGUCCGUCCGGCCCUCCCGUCUCUUGCGGCUGCUUGGCAGCCCUCCUUCGCAGGGCUCUGGGGAACUGGGCCACGCAGCGCGCGGCCUUCGCACUCACUUGCCUCUCGUGCAAGGACAGGCGGCGGCUGGUGGCCAGGCUCCAGCGCGGCGCUCGCGUCCCCGGGCGCUGCUCCCACGAGCGCGGCGCACGUCCCGGGGGAGCCGGGCCCUUGGAGGGGCGCGCGACGGCUCCGGCCGCUCUGGAGUUCGGGGCAGGGGACACAGCGAUCCGGGUCGCGAUGUCCACUCAAGUGCUGGGAUUUUUACGCAGCCGGGCUCCCUUUCCCCUGGUAGCCCCGCGAGGUCCGGCCGCCGCAGGGAAUGACGCGGGUGCCCCCGCGGCCCCGGCUCCGGGCGGGGAGGGCGAGCCCCACCGCCGGCCCCGCGACGCCCGCCUGGGCAGCACCGAUAAGGAGCUGAAGGCAGGAGCCGCCGCCACGGGCAGCGCCCCGACCGCGCCGGGGACUCCCAGGCAGCGGGCGCCGCCGGUCGCGGUGAUGGAUCCAGCGGGCGGCCCAGGGCGCCUGCUCCCGCGGCCCUGCCGUGUGCUGGUGCUGCUGAACCCGCAUAGCGGCAAGGGCAAGGCCCUGCAGCUCUUCCAGAGCCGCGUGCAGCCCCUUCUGGUGGAGGCCGAAAUCUCCUUCAUGCUGAUGCUCACUGAGCGGCAGAACCACGCGCGGGAGCUGGUGCGGUCGGAGCAGCUGGGCCGCUGGGACGCCCUGGUGGUCAUGUCUGGAGACGGGCUGAUGCACGAGGUGGUGAACGGACUCAUGGAGCGGCCAGACUGGGAGACUGCUAUCCAGAUGCCACUGUGUAGCCUCCCGGCGGGCUCUGCCAACGCUCUGGCAGCUUCCUUGAACCAUUAUGCCGGCUAUGAGCAGGUUACUAACGAAGACCUCCUGACCAACUGCACACUGCUGUUGUGCCGCCGGCUGCUGUCACCCAUGAACCUGCUGUCACUGCACACGGCCUCCGGGAAGCGCCUCUUCUCUGUGCUCAGCCUGGCCUGGGGCUUCAUUGCUGACGUGGACCUGGAGAGUGAGAGGUAUCGGCGCCUAGGGGCGAUGCGCUUCACCGUGGGCACCUUCCUGCGCCUGGCAGCCCUGCGCACCUACCGGGGCCGACUGGCCUACCUUCCCAUGGGAAGAGCCGUCUCCAAGACACCCACCUCCCCUGCUCUGGUCCAGCAGGGCCCUGUGGAUGUGCACCUGGUGCCCCUGGAGGAGCCAGUGCCCUCUCACUGGACGGUGGUGCCCCACCAGGACUUUGUGCUGGUGCUGGCGCUGCUGCACUCGCACCUGGGCAGCGAGAUGUUUGCGGCACCCAUGGGCCACUGUGCGGCUGGCGUCAUGCAUCUGUUCUACGUGCGGUCUGGCGUGUCUCGGGCCACGCUGCUGCGCCUCUUCCUGGCCAUGGAGAAAGGCAGGCACAUGGAGUGCGACUGCCCCUACUUGGUGUAUGUGCCUGUGGUCGCCUUCCGCCUGGAGCCCAUGGACAGAAGGGGUGUGUUUACAGUGGACGGGGAGCUGAUGGUCAGCGAGGCUGUUCAGGGCCAGGUGCACUCAAACUACUUACAGGUGGUCAGUGGUUGCACGGAGCCAAGCCAGGAGCCCCAGCAGAUGCCACCUCCGGAAAAGCCCCGUGACCCCUUGGGCCUUGCUGUGCCUUAGCCUUCUACUUGGUCUACACAGAGCCCAGGACCCUUCCUCUUUGCCUCAGGACUGGAGGGCCUGUGCAUAGCUCAUGUGGGGUCGAGGGGGACUCUUCUGGGGAAGGUGGGAAGGUGGAGGCUUUGGAAGGACAGGCAAUGCCCACCAGAGACCAGAAUGAGGUCUGAAGUCCUGGGCUGGGACCCCAGCUGGCUGGGCCCAGCUGCCUGUGGAAGGCACUCCCAUUUUGUUCUGAGACCGCCAUACCAUGAACUAAAUCAAAUAAAGUGACAUUCCCAGCCA